AUGGCAUCUCUCACCGCGCAUCGUGCACCUCCAGACUCCCCAGAGGCGGAACCUCUACUCGACCAGGCAGCUAGGGGAGACGAGAUACAUCAUGACAGUAGCAUGGUUUCGGACGCGACUUUGGGUGCUGAUGAGCACAAGGACGAGACAAUCGCAUUGAGAAUUGCUGCAGCAGCCUGGUCCUUUGUUGUUGUAGGACUAUUCACUUCUACGACCGGCGUAGUCAUUCCUCACCUUGAGGAACACUAUAAACUUACCGACAUACAAGUAUCGGCAAUCUUCCUUGUGAUGCCAAUCGGCUACAUCAUUGCAUCUUGGCGCAAUGAUUUCAUUCAUAAUAAGUUUGGUCAGAGAGGGAUCGCGACUAUUGGGCCUCUAUGCCAUCUUGUCUACGCUGCAACCGCUUCCUUUCGCCCGCCUUUCCCUGUUUUUCUGUUAGCCGCCGCCAUUGGUGCGUUCGGGAUCGGUCUGAUUGAUGGAUCUUGGUGUGCCUGGGUUGCUGCUCUAAGACAAGCGAACACUCUUUCGGGGUUGCUUCACGGUUCAUUCUCAACCGGGGCGGCUAUCUGUCCUUAUCUCGUUGGUAUUAUGCUAUCUGAAUCCGGUAGUCUUUGGUAUCGCUGGUUCUACGUAUUGUCUUUCGCGUCAGCUAUCGAAAUUGUUGUUCUUCUCUUUGCUUUCAGACACGAAGACUCUGAAAAAUACCACAAAAGCAAGCUACACCAAGACAUUGCGACCGGCCAAGCAACCAAAGGAGCAAUUUUUAAAUACAGUGCAACGUGGACCUACGCCACAUACCUCCUGGUCUAUGUAGGUGCUGAGUGCACGAUAUCAGGGUGGAUCGUGGCAUUCAUGCUACGUGUCCGCCAUGCCAGCACUUAUGCGUCAAGUCUUUGCUCCUCUGCGUUCUGGGCGGGCAUGGCAGCCGGUCGGCUCAUGUUAGGGCUUGUGACUGACAAACUCGGCGUAAGGCGAGCUGUCGUCAUAUAUCUUCUCUUCGCUCCUGCAUUUGUGGUGCUGUUUAUUGUCAUUAGAGUACUUUGGUUCUCUGUGUUUUCCAUGGCCCUCCUUGGCUUCUUCAUGGGGCCGCUGUUCCCAUCUAGCAUUGUCCAGCUGGUUGAACUGCUGCCGAAAGAGCUUCAUGUGGCAUCUGUCUCGUUUGUCGCUUCUCUUGGGCAAGUCGGUGGUGCAUUGCUGCCUUAUAUGCUUGGAGCAAUCACUCAACUUGUUGGACUUCAGGUGUUUCAGUAUAUGCUUCUUGUGCAGUUUGCUAUUUUGCUCGUUAUAUGGAUUGCUUCUUUUAGGUUGUCGGCGAAGAAAGAAUUUGCGGAAGACGACAUUCGAUCACACCAAGAUUAA